CCACCACCUGUCCCUCUAUCUCCCUCUCCAUCCCUUGCGAUUCCCAUUCAUCUCUCUGACUGUAUUGACCUUCUACGCUGUUCAACAUGUCUAUGGCCUAUGUCUUCAAGAGAGAUGGGCGCAAGGAACGCGUCCAGUUCGACAAGAUCACAACGCGCAUCGAUAAGCUGUGCUAUGGCCUCGACAUGAACUAUGUUAAUCCCAUCGAGGUCACUCAGAAAGUCGUGCAAGGUGUAUAUCAGGGUGUUACUACAGUAGAACUCGACAAUCUUGCCUCUGAGACUGCUGCCUACCUAACCACCAAGCACCCCGACUAUGCCGUCCUCGCCGCGCGCAUUGCCAUUUCUAACUUGCACAAGGAAACUAAGAAGACUUUUUCCCAUGUUAUUGAGGACCUUUACACAUACGUCAACCCGAAGAACAACCGACCCGCGUCAAUGAUCUCCAAAGAGACGUAUGAAGUUGUCAAAGCUAAUGCUGAAAUCCUUGACUCCGCCAUCAUAUAUAACCGUGACUUCCACUACAACUACUUUGGUUUCAAGACUCUCGAGCGAUCAUACCUUCUUCGCCUCAAUGGACGUGUUGCUGAGCGCCCUCAGCACAUGAUAAUGCGUGUCGCCGUCGGUGUUCACGGCAACGACAUCGACCGUGUGCUCGAAACAUACAACCUCAUGUCUGAACGGUACUUCACCCACGCAUCGCCGACGUUAUUCAAUGCCGGGACCCCCCACCCUCAGCUAUCAUCUUGCUUCCUCGUUUGUAUGAAGGACGAUUCCAUAGAGGGCAUUUACGAUACCCUAAAGAGCUGCGCCAUGAUUAGUAAGACGGCUGGUGGUAUUGGUCUCAGCAUUCAUAACAUUCGUGCCACUGGAUCAUACAUCGCCGGGACUAACGGAUACUCUAAUGGUAUCAUUCCUAUGCUGCGAGCUUAUGACGCUACCGCCCGCUAUGUCGAUCAAGGCGGUAAUAAGCGUCCUGGAGCAUUUGCCAUUUAUCUUGAGCCUUGGCAUCCCGACAUCUUUGAGUUCCUAGACCUUAGAAAGAACCACGGCAAAGAAGAGAGCCGUGCACGCGAUCUUUUCUAUGCACUCUGGAUUCCUGACCUUUUCAUGAAGCGUGUUGAAGCCAACGCCGAGUGGUCAUUUUUCUGUCCCAACGAGGCACCUGGUCUCCAUGAGGUCUAUGGUGAGGAGUUCGAGAAGCUCUAUGAGAAGUAUGAGAAGGAAGGUCGUGCACGCAAGUCGGUCCCAGCACAGAAGUUGUGGUAUGCGAUUCUCGAUGCCCAAGUUGAGACCGGAAACCCUUUCAUGGUCUACAAAGAUGCCGCCAACGCCAAGUCGAAUCAAAAGAACCUCGGUGUUAUCAAGUCAUCCAACCUAUGCACCGAGAUCAUUGAGUACUCUUCUCCGGAUGAAAUCGCAGUCUGCAAUCUAGCGUCGCUUGCCCUCCCUACCUUCAUUUCGAACGGUACAUACAACUUCAAGAAGCUUCAUGCUGUUGCUAAGGUUGUCGCAUUCAACCUGAAUCGCAUCAUCGACGUCAAUUACUAUCCUGUUCCCGAAGCACGCCGUUCGAACUUCCGGCACCGUCCCAUUGGUAUCGGUGUGCAGGGUCUCGCUGACACCUUCAUGGCUCUCCACAUGCCCUUCGACUCUCCCGAGGCCAAGAAGCUCAAUAUACAGAUCUUCGAAACCAUCUACCAUGGUGCUCUGGAGGCUAGCGCUGAGAUGGCAGAGAAGGAUGGACCUUACGAAACGUGGAUGGGCAGUCCUGCUCAACAAGGUCAGCUCCAGUACGACCUUUGGGGCGUUACGCCGACGGAUCUCUGGGAUUGGGAUUCCCUGAAGGCGAAGAUUGCUAAGACGGGCCUCCGAAACUCUUUAUUGACCGCUCCCAUGCCAACUGCAUCAACCAGUCAGAUUCUCGGUUUCAAUGAAUGCUUUGAACCCUACACGAGCAACAUCUAUACUCGUCGUGUGCUCGCUGGUGAAUUCCAGGUCGUCUGUCCUUGGCUACUCCGUGAACUCGUUGACCUUGGUCUCUGGGACGAUAACAUGAAGAACAUGAUUAUCGCACACAAUGGGUCUAUACAAAACAUUCCCAACAUUCCUGAUAACGUCAAAGCCAUCUACAAGACUGUAUGGGAGAUCAGUCAGAAGAAGAUCAUUGACCUCGCUGCUGAUCGUGGUGCCUUCAUUUGCCAGAGUCAGAGUCUAAACAUCCACCUCCAAGCCCCGACGCUCGGUCAGUUGACAAGCAUGCACUUCUAUGGAUGGAGGAAGGGAUUGAAGACGGGCAUGUAUUACCUUCGGACACGGUCUGCGGCCCAGGCCAUCCAGUUCACCGUCGACCAGAGCGUUCUGAAAGAGGCGAAAGUGCACCAGUCCCAAGCCACACCUCCCUUGUCGCGUACUCUCACACCCGCAGCCCCUGUCGUCAACCCCGCUAAGAAUACCCUUAAUGCUUUACCCACACCUGCCUCCUCAUCAUCUACGUCGCCUACAGUGUCGCCCUCAGAUACCCCUACUUUGUCACCGUCGUCGUCGUCGUCAUCGACAUCUUCAUCUUCAUCGUCAUCAUCGAUGCUGGAUGAUGUCCUGAAAGAGGUUGCUGAAGAGAAUCCGGAGUACGCAGCAGCGUUGAGACGGCAGAAGGAGCGCGAGUAUGAAGCUGAGAAGCUUCUAUGCUCGCUGGAAAACAAAGACGCUUGCGUGAUGUGCUCUGGUUAAACAAAGGCCCUAGUUUCCUUCGUCGGUUUGUGUGUAUGCUUUGUAUAGAAGACCUAAACUGUUUCGCUAUGUACUCUCGUUGGUUUAUGUACUAUCAUAUUAUUUAGCAUCGUUCAGUUAUAAUACUGCAAUAGAUUUCACUCACUU